AUGACCAACUUCACUCUGACUACCGAAUUGGGUCUAGUCUCUGUUCGCUUAGCUGUUCUUGACCAAACCCUGCGAUUGAUCGGGCGGGGCCAUCACUAUCUGCACGACAAGACGACCGUAACCAUGAGCCACAACAAUAAAAAUCUCAUCAUGGCCACGCCGGUUCAGACAAAGCCCACCCAGAACGCCAAUGAAAGCAAGGUCAAGAAGACGUCCAAGAAGCGCCAGCUCGACGAAGAAGACGCGGACUACACCAUCGAGACUCCCGGCGCUCGCGGUAUUACCGCUUCAAAGCGGGGCUCUUGUCACACUGCCGUGGCCAAGCUCAAGAUGUCGGGCAAAAUGGCAAAGAACGACAUGAUGCGCAAAGACACAGUUCAGGGAAGUAUGCUGAGUCUUAUGUUCCAUGGCUUGCUGUGCGAUCUCGUCAUUGCUGGUCCCAAUGAUAGCGCUUGGAAAGUGCCUAGGGGUAUCGCCAUGCUCUAUUCCCAGAAGAUGUCGAAAGACUUGAGCUCGCCAAUGACGCAGACGAUCAAGAUGCCCAACCAUCCGGCUCAUGCAAUCGACUGCUGUGUCGCGCACAUCAAGCACGUUGGCGACUACCGCGUCGUUAAGAUGCUAGAUCAACAUCAGCUAUAUCAUGCGACUACACCCCCCUCCACCAAGCCCCCCAUCCCAAAAGGCAUCACGGCUUCUCAUAUCCAUGUCGAUGUCCUCAUCUUGGCUAUCGAAUGGCAGAUGGAGAACCUCAGGCACUAUGCACACAUCGAACUGGCCAACAGUCUGGGCAAGCCAUCGUCCCCUACCUUUGACGAGUUCGAGAAGUUGGUACUGGAGACGGGCAUAUUCACUGCCAAGUAUUGCAGGGCCCCUAUCUGUGACGAUACUGCCGUCAACGACGCCCUUACUGCUCUUGGUACCUACGCCGCCCUUCACAACGAGACGUGGUUCAAGACCCGUCGCAUCGCGUACAGUGAACUUCUUCCCAAGGCGCCGUACCUCUCCAAGUACCGCGACUUGGCUUUGGCUGAUCUCCCGGAAUUCAUCCAAGCUCAUCACCUCGCUGGUAAGAAAGCUAGGCUUACUGACUCUGGACGCGGAUUUGAAGACGUCAAGAUGCGCUCGUCGAUGCUUAUGGACACAGACGGGUAG